AUGAACCUUGUCAAACGAUCGAGCCUAUCGUACCACCCAUAUCUGCUGACCAAACUCAAUCUACAACGGCGGCGGGGCUUCACCAUCUUAUUCUGCCUCACUGCCACUUUCACAUCACCCAACUACCAGUGGUCGAAGAGACACACCACUGACACCGACUCCCCUCUCUUCGCCAUCACCGACAACAUGGCGGGUGGCGACGGGCAUCGUCGAGCUCCACUGAGGUGGACCUACGAUAUGAGGCUAACCCUGCACAUCCUCACACUCAAAAGAGAUAUGCCGUGGAGCGUCCGUACAGAGAUCUUCGAUACUAUACAUGCUGAGCACAUCGAAGCUUGCGGCGUCACAAGACCAAUCCGCCAAAGGUCGUUGCAAGCACAAUGCGCAGCCACUGAAAAGAGAAAAUGCAAGGACUGGAAAAAGAUUCUCGCAUCUCAUCAGACACCGCAGCAGCUGGUCAAGGUCCGUGAGCUUACUGCACAAGUGGAGACAAUCGCUGCAUCGGCGAUCACCACUCCUGGCGAAUGUGCAGUCGGACCCUCUGCUGGAGAGCGGAAGUCAGAAGCAAGGGAGGCAAGUACAGAUGCUCCUGUAUCGAGACGCCAAACGUCUCAGUCCAAGCGCGCCAUCACGCCUACUCCUGCCCGAGGACUUGCAGAUCUCAACGUCCGACCAACAUGUCAUUAUCGUCACGGUCGACUCACCACGCCCACUCCAAGCGAUGAAGUUCCACUCAGUGAAAGAACACCCAUAGCGUUCUGGGAUCCCAAACUUACACCGCAGACGGCAGAGAAAAGGACAUGCCCACCAAAGCGACAACAAACCGCAAUCACCGCCGGGAGUUUCGAACUGUCCGACGAUGAGAUAGUCGUGGGCGAUAUACGACCAAAGCGCCGACGCGUAGUGAUAUCUCAACCGCCCUUACUGCGAAAGAGUGAGGUGAACCUGGGAGGAGCAGACAUCGUCCGGCUAGGAGCCAGUACGAUUAUGCAGCCUCUGACUCCGCCCCUUACACCCAGGAGAAACGCGCGCAAAUACUUGCCAAAAUCACCAUACCACAGGCCAGAAGAUGUGACGCUGGGGUCUGCUGCCCUACAGCUGACAGAAAGGGAGCAUGCAAUCACCAGAGAGCCUAUGAUUCCAGUGACGAAAGAGAAGGCGCAUCCACCGAUGCCGGCACUCUGCUAUCGAUACUGGCCGGCAGAGCCCAAUCAACUACGUAAUCGAGAGACGGGCUUUCUUGCGCGGAAAUUCGCAAGAUGUGUUCCUAUGUACCAGCCCCCGCCCCAAGCCGAGAACGUUGACUGGGUCGAUAUAUGGGACCAUAUCAAUCGAAAUGAGAUACCAACACCUUUUGUCUCGGUUUCGACGGCGUUCUGGUGGAUUAUUCGUCUGGCCCUCAAAGACGUCAAGCAAGGAAUCAGGAAUGGCAUGAUUAGCAUAAUCGACACGACCCGCAUGGAUCGAUUGUCGAUCUUUCAUGCGCCACCAUACCAUGCUCAGACCAAGAAGAAGUACGUCUACCCUGAUGGUGCACAAAGAUACCCGGGCACGCAUGAGUAUCUGGUCUGGCGAGAAAUAUCUGGCGAUGCAAUCAUCAAAACACUCAAGGUGUCCGACAUCCUGCGCUUCGCCACUAUCAAUCCGAUCAUUGGCGAAGCAUUGUCAUUCGAUCUACUCCCUCAGCGAGGGGCAUUCGAAACUAGGAUUCUAUCAGAGUUGCGAGCCCGUAACGUCCAGCUGAACUCCGCUAUCAUCUCUGGUAUGGCGAGAUUAGCAGCCCUCCUAGGCCUUGGCCUGUCUGACACGGAUAAACUGUCCAAUAUCGUCUCAGACAUCAUACAAGGAUGGGCUAUCCAGCUACAACCUCUUACAUCUCCAGAGUGGGCAAAAUAUGCCACCACCUUCGCGAUACAAUUGUGUCAAAGCACAGGCGGUGAGCUAAGUCUGCAUCACCAGGAAGCAAAACUCGGGUUCCUUGACGGCGUUCGAUGGGGGUCAUCAAAGCACUGGAAUACUCGUCACAGCGCUGAACGUAUGCGUCUUAUGCAGAAACAGGCUAGAAUGAUUGGAGUCGACGACCCUGUCAAAAUCUUGACAGACGAGCUUGAUGCAGCCAAGGUUCAAUUGAGGAUGCUUGGCAGGCAGCAAGCUCGUCUUUUGCGAGGCAGCUCGGGGCACGAGAACGGGCGUAGGGAUGUGCAUGAAGAUAAUGGCGAUGAUGGUGAUCAGGAGAUCAUGUACGAGGACAUGGAGGACUAA